CUCUUUCUCUCUCCCUCUCUUUGUAUUAAGGUUUUACGCCGAAUUUACAGAAAAUUUCUUCCAUCUUUUACGCCAUUUUCUCGAUCUUCUCAUCCAUUCUCACAUUCCAUCAAAAUCACAUCUCAUAGAUAUGCAUUUCUCCAUUCCUCUCUAGAUCUGAAGUCUACUCCACUAGAUCAAAUGGGAGUUUUAACCAACUCAUGGUGUUUCUGCAAUGGCGGUGGCAAAUCGGAGAAGAUGAAAGCCGCUAUCUUCUCCGGUAAAGGUCCUGCAAUGGCUACAAUCUCUUCCUCUUCAGAAACAACCUCUGGAACCGGUUUUCUCAUCCACCGGAAUCUACUUCUCACCACUCACGUCAAUCUCCCGUCCAUCUCCGCCGCGGAGACGACGGAGAUCCGCUUGCAAAAUGGAGUCCGCGCUGUCCUGUUUCCUCACAGGUUUUUCAUUACUAGUUCUGUUCUUGAUCUGACUAUAGUUGGUUUAGAUAACAUUGAAGGAGAUCAAUUAAGUUCAUUACAAGGACAGAAUCAUCUUCAUUAUCUUAAAACUACCUGUUCUAAACCUAAUUUAGAUCUUGGUAAUUUGGUUUAUCUACUUGGAUAUACUCAUAAAAAAGAAUUAACAGUUGGAGAAGGAAAAGUAGUGAUAGCUACUGAUAAUUUGAUCAAAUUAUUAACCGAUGAUCAAACAUGGAAUCCUGGAUCAGCUGGUUUUGAUCAACAAGGGAAUCUCGCCUUCAUGGUUUGCGAUCCAAUGAAGUUAGCCACAUCUCCAAAUGCGAAAUCCCCUUCAACUUCGACAUCUUCUUCAUCGUCGUCGCGAAGGAAAGAUCGUCGUAUGCAGUUCGGUAUACCGAUUCCUAUUAUCUGUGAUUGGUUGAAUCAACAUUGGGAAGGAAAUCUAGAUGAGCUUAAUAAACCUAAAUUGCCUAUCAUAAAAUUAAUGUCUUCCGGGCAGAGAAGCGAUCAUUCCUGCGCUUCGUUCACGAUGAGACGAGUCUUUAAACCGUCUGACAUUGAAAAUGACCCGAAACAAACUGAUCCUAACCCUGUCGGGCCAGGCAUUGUUGAGAAAACCAUGGAUGAUUUGGAUGCUGCAGAGGUUUUGUCAACUGAUUCGGUUAAAGGUGCUGCUGCAGGUGAAAGUGAGGCUCAGUCGAGUUCAUCCCCGGUUGAGAUGCAAAAUGAUUAUAACUACAGUAGUGAUGGGGAAACGACAAUGUAUUCGGCUGAAACAGCUGAGAGUCGUAAUAUUCCGAGUCCUAAAGAAGGGCGGUUUCAGCAAGUUGUCAGACAGAGUCAAAGCUGUAGAUGGGGCGGUGGCGGAUCUGGGCAGAGAACUCCGGUGGCUCGAAAGGUGGGAUUGGAGAAACAAAGGAGCUAUAUACAAGGAAGGAAGAUUCAUUCACAAGGGGCGACUUCGAAUAGGAGUAAUGACUAUUAUAGUCCUACAGUUUCUUCGAUUAUGAAGAAACGCAACAAUAUGGUAUUCCGACAACAGCAACCGGAGCAAAAACAGAGCUGGCCGGUUAAGCAGAAUCCGGCUCAUUCGUCUCCCAGAUGGAUGUUUUAGGAAAGUUUAAUGAAACAAGAUAAUUCUAUGUUCUUGUUCAUUGUCCAACAUUAAUUGCAUAGCUCUUUUUGAAAGGUAACUUAAUUUUCUUCAUUCUUCACAAAAAGAAAAUGAUUUAUUCAAUGAUCAAUGUUUGUUUGUAUCAUUUUU